CUGUUCCUAUUUUAAUAUGUAUAUUAUCAGUUAUAGCUAUUGUAGUUUGUAUUUGAAUUUUCUCUUUUUUUAAUUAAAAUUUGAUUUCCAGUUGCUUAUGACAUGUGUUGUUAUUUGAAAUUUUAAAGCGAGCAAAUUUCAGAUGCACUGAGAGCUCUGUUGGGGUGGAGACACAACUUAAUAAUUUGGCGUCAGUUACCCAAGUUAUUGAUCCAAAGCUUCAUCAGCAUUUAGAAACCCUAGGUGGAGGUGACUAUCUAUUUGCUUUCCGAAUGCUUAUGGUUUUGUUUCGUCGCGAAUUCUCUUUCGGCGAUUCAUUGUACCUUUGGGAGAUGAUGUGGGCUCUGGAAUAUGAUCCUGACCUAUUCUCUGAGUAUGAGGACCCAGAUUCAGCUAACGAGGGAUCAUCUAAAGCAAAAGCUAAAAUACGCCAUUGUGGGAAAUAUGAGAGAGAAAAUAUGAAAGCAAAAGAUGCUGAAGCCCCACUCCCCAUUGCUGUUUUCCUUGUUGCCAGUGUUUUGAAAGAUAGAAGCUCAAAGUUACUCACGGAGGCCCGGGGCUUGGAUGAUGUUGUUAAGGUCAGUUUGCUGACUUCAUGAAAACAUGACUUCAGG